AUGGUGUCUCUGAGCUCGCUGGGUAUGGUCUCCUCUCUCCAGGUCACCAGAACGAGGGAGUAUAAGCACUACAACAGGGAUGGACCUCCGUUUGAAUCUCUUGGCAGGGAUUCCAUCGGUGCCUAUGGCCUUGUUGUCUUUCAUCUUUUUUGUGGAUCCUUGGAUUUCGCAGAUGGAGGGUUCACGAUCCAUAUAGAGCCAGACAGGCUCUGCAGAUUUAAGGAAUGUUUUAAGGGAAGCUGGGCCACUCACAAGUUACUUCACAAGAAAGCAAAAGAUGAAAAAGCUAAGCGUGAAAUUUCUUCUUGGACUAUGGAAGGUGAAAUAAAUACAGAUCCCUGGGCUGGUUAUCGAUAUACUGGUAAACUCAGGCCACAUUAUCCACUAAUGCCAACGAGGCCUGUGCCAAGUUACAUUCAAAGACCGGAUUAUGCUGAUCACCCACUAGGCAUGUCUGAAUCAGAACAGGCACUUAAAGGAACGUCUCAAAUAAAAAUCCUCUCAUCUGAAGAUAUAGAAGGGAUGAGAGUAGUGUGUAGGCUCGCUAGAGAAGUGUUGGAUGUUGCUGCAAUGAUGGUGAAACCAGGCAUAACUACUGAAGAAAUAGAUCAUGCUGUCCAUCUAGCCUGCAUUGCCAGGAACUGCUAUCCUUCCCCACUGAAUUAUUAUAAUUUCCCCAAGUCAUGCUGUACGUCAGUGAAUGAAGUGAUCUGCCAUGGAAUUCCUGACAGACGGCCAUUGCAAGAGAGUGAUAUUGUUAAUGUGGAUAUCACUAUAUAUCGCAAUGGUUAUCAUGGGGAUCUGAAUGAGACGUUUUAUGUUGGAGACGUUGAUGAGGGUGCAAGGAGGCUAGUUCAGACAACUUAUGAGUGCCUAAUGCAAGCAAUUGAUGCAGUAAAACCUGGCGUUCGAUAUAGAGAGCUGGGAAAUAUUAUUCAGAAACACGCCCAAGCAAAUGGCUUUUCAGUUGUUCGGAGCUACUGUGGGCAUGGGAUCCACAAGCUUUUCCAUACUGCUCCUAAUGUGCCACAUUAUGCCAAAAAUAAGGCUGUUGGAGUGAUGAAGCCUGGUCAUGUCUUUACAAUUGAACCAAUGAUUUGUGAAGGUGGGUGGCAAGAUGAAACCUGGCCUGAUGGCUGGACUGCAGUGACAAGAGAUGGAAAGCGGUCUGCACAGUUUGAGCACACGCUUCUGGUCACAGAUACUGGUUGUGAAAUCUUAACCCGGCGAUUGGACAGUAUUCGUCCUCACUUCAUGUCCCAGUGUUAGUUUAGACUGAACUGAUGGAUAUGAGUAUCUUUUGUCUCUGUACUAUGCAUUUUAUUAAGAGUACAGAACAGAGGGGGAUUUUAUCAUUUGUUUUGUUCUCAUUGACUGUAGUUAAGAGAGGAAUACAGCAUUUGGUACAUAUUUUGAAGAACCUGACCCAGCAUCUGAAAAAGAAGUAUUUAAAAUAUUUUCUGCUUCCAUCCUGUCCACAACACACUGUAUUUUCUUUAUUUUUGUUUUCUUUCAUUUCCCCCCCCCUUGCUUUCAACCCGACCUACAGUUUUUUCUGCACAUGCAUGGUAUUAUCUAGAAAGUGUAGGUUACUUUCCCACUGAGGACUUGAUGUGUUGUGCAUCAAGUCUUUUCUCACUUCUUCAAUGUGCCUGACCUUUCUCUAUGUAUAGUGGCACCUGCAAUUUUAAUUGUUGCCAUUUCUGCAAAUGGGCUUUGUUUAUAACCAGACAGAGGAGGGGGAUAACUACUUAGAAAGAGGCACUUGUUGCCAAGACUUGUCUUCCUUAGUUCUGUCCCAGAUCUUUGUCAAUUGCCACUGCUGUAAUUGAGACCAUAGACAUCUUUCUUGCUGGAAAUUGUUAAUGCUGCUUCUCUGCUUAUAAAAUCACUUGAAAAUUGCUUCCUGCAAAGAGCUGCCUUUCUGAAGAGCAGAAUUUUCGGUGGUCAGAAUUUUCGGUGCACCAAAAGUUCACCGUGAAACUGCUACUUCAUACCUGAACAUGAAAAGGAAUAAGCUGGGUCACCAAGACAAAAUUAUUUACACGCUACUGUGCAUGUUAUUGAGGGGCCUCUCCCCUAGAGAUAUGAGGGGAUGGGGACUGCAAAGUGCAGACAUUACAGCAAGAGGAGAUUCAGAACUAUUUCAAAAUAAUGCUCAUAUCUGAGUGAAGAGGAAAUGUCUGAGCUACUGCUGCUGUAUUAGUUUUCUUGGAAUUUUAAGAAAGUUUUAUGUGAAUUUCAAGCUCUUGAGAAGUGUCAGGCUGACAGCCCUGGAAACUGAAGUGCUGGCCUCAGACCAGAUACAGUGUGGGCAGCAGUAGAACAAUUUUCCCCAUGCAUCUUGACUAGGGUGCCACCAUCCUGCUCUGAAAGGAGUAUGGGAGCUGGUUAGCCUCUCCCCCUGCCCUACCCUUGAGUCUUUAGUGUUUCUGCCGAGAUUUUUUUCUUUUCUGAAUCAGUAAUGAAAAUGGUUUCACCCACAGUUGCAGUUCCAAUGUCUAUUUUCCUUGAAACACUAUAAUGCCAGAAAAACUUAAACCAAUGAAGACAAAUCAAAUCAUAAAAUCAUGGGCAUAAAGUGCACAUUUUACUUGGUGUCUGACUUCUUGUCACACAGCGGGCCUGGUCUUUGAAGGCACUGAGUGUUCUCACCUGUUGUUGGCACCAAUUAAACUUGAGAGCAAUUAAUGCAUCACAGAACUGGACCCAUUGUGGACACAAUGAAAUGUGAAACUUGCCAGAAAAUGUCUUCUCUUCCCACAGUGCCUCAGACCUUUAUUGCUGUAAGAGUAUCAUUGUGAUAACAUUUUCAUUACCUUUAUUAUUUUUAAUGAUACAGUAAAAAAUGACCUAAAAUGGUUCACACGUGUGCGCACGUGUGUAAGUGUAGAUUUUAACAAAACAGACUGCAAUAUUUGAGUGGAAUUACCUGUGUUGAGUGCCAUGUAUGUAAUGUACUAAGGAGAUUAAAAGUUGGGAUGACUA